AUGGGACUAAAGGUUGCUAGUAUUAUUCAAAGUGUUGAGUUUUGGAGUAAAGGGAAAGAAGUAAUACAAACUCUGGAGCUUUUAGUUAGAGUUCUUCGUUUGGUUGAUGGAGAUGGUUCAACUGCAGGAUAUUUGUAUGAGGCGAUGGAAAGGGCAAAAGAAACUAUUAAACAACGUUAUUGUAUUAAUCAAGCUAAUUACAUGCAGAUAUGGGUGUUAUUUGAAAAACGGAGAAUUGAAAAUGUAAUCCACCCAAUACAUGCAGCUGCUGCAUUUUUAAAUCAUGCCUUCAUGUGUAGCGAGGACUUCAGAGAAAAUCGUGAAAUGAAAGACGGUAUAGAUUUUAUGUUAGGAAAUUUUAUUAUUGAAGAAGAAAAGGAAGAUUUUAUUCGAGAACUGCAAUUUUACCGUAUGAAGACCAUAACUUUAUUCACAAAUACAACAAAGACAAUGUUGAAAACAUCUCAUCCUCGAGUUUGGUGGGAUUAUUGUGGAGAUUAUCUUCCUCUGCUACAAAAGUAUGCCAUUCGUAUAUUGAGUCAGCCUUGCAGUUCUUCUUCAUGUGAGAGAAAUUGGAGUGCUUGGGAAGCUGCACAAACAAAGAAAAGGAAUAGGUUGGCACCUACAAUGUUGGACAAUCUUGUAUACGUAAGAAUGAACACAAUGAUGAUGGAAAAAUUCAAGACACUCGAAGCACAAGAUUUGGAGCCAAUUAAUCUUGACAAACUUAGUGACAAUCUUGAAUAUGUUGAUCAUGAAGAAUUGGAGGAUUAUUCCUUAGAGCCAACAGAUGACGUUUCUAGUGAUUUAGUCACCAAUAAUGAAGAUCUUUCUUGGUUAGAUGGUGUUAUCUAA